CAAAUCCUCAAGAAUCGGUGUCCACCGCACUCCGUUGAGAAGCACGCCAUCCAUUUGAUAGCGGUGCAGGGCCUGCAAGCAUGUUGUUACACGACAAGAGCCAUUUUGGCUGGGGUAGGAAAGGUUGGAGCUGUGCACUGCAUGACUAGGUGUCGGAUUGGCUGUGGACAAUGCGGUUUGGGGAAGAUCCGCGAAGGAAGGGACGAUUGCAUCACAUUACAUUCGACCAAGUCGGUGGAUCUCCACGACUUCACGUCUGCUCACAGGGUUUUUUGGCGAUCCAAGAGACAAAUGUGCCCCUCCUGGGACUGAC